GCCACAGGACUCUUCUUCGCUGAGCUCAAGUCGCGCUGCGCCCAACUCGGGCCGCGCAGCAAGCUCAACAGCGUCGAGAGGGCGUGGAUCUCGGCGACCGGAAAGCGAUUCUGAAGCAGCGGAGGAGAGCGCUGCCGACGAGGAAGAGGAGGAGGGUCACGAGGGUGGCAGCGAGGAGGAUGCCGAAGAGGAGGAGGAGGAGGAGGGGGAGGAGGAGGAGGAGGAGGAGGAGGAGGAGGAGGAGGACGGCGAGGAGGAAGACGGUGGCGAGGAGGACGGCGACGAGGAGGAAGAGGAGGACGAGGAUGAGGACGAAGAGGCAGCGGGGGAGGAGGAGGAGGAGGAGGACGAGGACGAGGAUGGCCUCCCGAUCGUCCGCAACGAGGACGGCGAGGUGGAGUAUGCUCCCCAGCCGGCGCCGUACGACAGCGCCGAGCUGGCCGAGGUGCAGAGCCUGCUGCGCGGCGAGGACACGGCGGACGACGCGUCCCGCUGGAAGCCGCUGGCGCUGCCGCCGCCGCCGCAGGGCGGCGGCGCGAGGAGGGUGCCCGCCCCGCUGCUUGGCGAUCUACUCUACGUGGCGGGCGUGCUGCGCGCCUUUGGCCGCCAGCUUGGGCUGGGAGAGGUGCGCGUGGACGCGCUCGACGCCGCGCUAGGGGGCGGCGCGACGACCGCGCUGGCGAUGCGGCUGCACGUCUCGCUGCUGCGCCUCCUCUUUGAGCCGAGUGCGGCGCUCGCGCGCUCGCACCCCGCCUUUUGCCACGCCCUGCGCAACCUCUCCGCACUGACGUGGGCUGAGGCGCUCGCAGAGGCGCGGCAGGCGACCGCCGAGCUCGCCCUCGCCGUGCGAGGGCUGAGGAGUGGCGAGUACCACACGCUGCCCCCGGAGCGGCGCGUCCUCGCCGCGAGGCUACUCGCUGAGCGCGCGGCCGAGCACCCGUCGCUGCGCGCGUCGCUGGAGCGGCGGGCCGAGUGGUACGAGGCGCAUGAUUGGGCGUGGGAGCCGGCGAUGCUGCUCGGCAGGCUGCAGUGUUGGCCGCCGCACCGGCUGCUGCGCUGGGAGCCGCUCGGCAGGGACCGGCACGGGCGAGUCUACUGGCUUCUCGACGGUUCCCUCUGGGUACAGCGCCGAGACGCGUCCGCCACAGACGAGGCUGCAGACCCGAGCCUCUCCGGUGGGAGGCCGGGGGCAGGCGUGCCGGGCGUGGCCACAGUCCGGUACGGCGGGGAGGACCUGCAGGCGGUGGCCGCCGCGCUGUCCGCCGCGGCGGGGCCGGCGCACGCCGCGGACUGCGCCGUCGUGCCGUCGCUGGAGCUGUUUCGAACUCCUGUAUCGCAGGCGCAGCUUCCGCGCGAGCUGCUCGGCGAAGGGUGGGGCGAGCGGCGCGCCGGCUGGGUGGCGGAGCUCAAGGCAGAGGGGCUGGCCGCCGCCGGCUUCGCGGCGCGGAUGCUCGAGCUCGAGGAAGCGCUGGUAUGCGACGCGCUCACCCGCCGCUGGCUGGCGAUCCGGUGCGACAUGUGCGGCGGUGCCGAGGACGAGGCGCAGCUGCUCAUGUGCGACGCGUGCGACCGCGCGACGCACACGUACUGCGCGCGCCCCGAGCUGCCGGCGGUGCCGAGCGGCGACUGGUUCUGCGCGAGCUGCACGCUGCAGCGCGCCGUCGCGGAGCGGUGCGGCGACGUCGUGGCGGGCUCCGCGCCCGUCCUCGAGGAGCUGGCGUGGGCGACGCACUCGAGCCGCGAGCUCUGGCGCGCCAAGGCGGCGCUGGCGCGCACGUCAGCGCAGCUCUUCCUCCACUUGCGCGAGCUGGUCGACGCGCUGGAGCGCCCGCGGCUGCGGCCGCUGCUCGAGGCGUCGCUCGAGUGGCAGCGGCAGGAGAAGGCGGCGCGCCGCCGCGCGCUCCUCGACCAUCAGGCGAGCCGCUCGGAGCUCAAGCAGCUGGCGCGCGAGCAGCGCGAGGUGUACAAGCUCGUCGAGUCGCUGGUCAAGCGGACCGAGCGGCAGGCGGAGAAGGACGCGCGGCAGGAGGCGAAGCAGGCGGCGAGGCGCGCGAGCCUCGCCGUCGUCGCCGCCCAGAAGGAGGAGUCGCGGCAGGCGAAGCUCGCCCUCGCGGCCGAGCGGCGCGCCGAGGAGCAGCGCAAGCGCGAGGAGCGCGAGGAGGAGCGGCGGUGCGCCGAGGUGAGGCGGUGCGUCGAGCGGCUCGUCAAGCAGCUGGAGCGCGAGGCGGAGCAGGGCGAGCUCUACUGCAUUUGCCGCAAGCCGUACAACCCGACAUGGUUCUACAUCUCGUGCGACACGUGCGGCGACUGGUUCCACGGGAAGUGCGUCGGCAUCAACGCGAAGCAAGGCAGCCGGAUCGUCGAGUACGUCUGCGACGCGUGCUCGCGCACCACCGGACGGACCACUCGCUGGGUCUCUGGCGCGGCCGGAGACCCGGCGGCGGCGGCGGCGCCGAGCCGGCACAGCGGCCGCGAGAUCAAGCGGCCGUCUCUCCCGGCGGCCGGCGCGAGUCUGCCCCGCCCCGCGCCGAAGCCAUCGGCGCCAAAGUACCCACGCGUGCGGCUGAAGCUCCACGUGCCUCCCGGCGAGAUCCCAGCGGGCGGAUACCCGCGCGUGCGUCUGCGACUCGAGCGCCCGGGCGAGAGCGGCGGCGCGGCGGGCGGAGGGAGCGGAGAGGCCGCGCCAUCAGAGGGCCUUGCUCCUCCCGCGGUCCAGCCGGCGCCCUCGGAGGACGAGCAUCCGCGCGAGCAGCCACCAUCGGCCGAGGCGGUGGCGCCGGCUGAGUCGAGCGGGCUGGACGAGAUGGAGGACCUCCUGAUGCGCGCGGAGAACGCGCCGCCGCCUUCCCUGCCGCCCUCACCGCCGGACUCGCCAAGUGCCAGCGCUAUGCCGGUGGCGACAGCCCCGCCUUUCCUUGAGCUCGCUGCCGCCGCAGUCGCUCCGAUGGCGUGGAAGCCGUCGGUGGGCGGCCGCGCCGAGGUAGCGCUGCCCGACGAGGGCCUCGAGGGGUCGUGGUAUUCGGCCGAGGUGUGGCACCGGCGGGGCUGGUGGCCCGUGUCCGUGCUGCGGGCCGUGGGCGAGGUCGGCGUGUGGGAGCUAGAGCUGUGUGGCUACGAGGAUGGCUUCUUCGGCUCGUGGUACACGGCGCGCGUCCUCGAGACGCGCGAGGCGCGCGGCGCCGGCAAGCUCCGCGUGCGGUACGACGCCUUCCGUGAGGACGACGGCUCGACUUGGGAGGAUUGGGUCGAGCUCGAGCACGUGCGGCCGCUGCCGCCGCGCCACAAGCCGCAGUUUGUCACCGAGCUGGACGCGUCGGCGCCCCUGGAGCUCCUCUUCAAAGAAGGGGCGGGCGGCGGGAGGCACGCCGUCGUCGCGCCGCAGUACAAUGUGCACCACACAGUGCCUGCCUCGCAGCUGCGGCCGGCGUGGCGUUGGGCCGCCGCCGAGCGUACUUGGGACGUGCGGCUCGAUUCCAGCGACGCACCCGCCGCUCCGGCACCAAAGCCGACCAAGGCGUUCAAAGUGAGGGCCGCACAGCCUGCUCCCUCUCGGACGCGGCUCUGUGUCGGCGUCUUCUUUAUCGUUUAA